UAACACUAGCGAGUGCAAUGAUUAUGCGUGCAAACGACCACGUCACCUCUCCCCUUCCGUAACAACUCUGUUACAAAUCGAGAGUAAAGAGAGAUGGCGUCACCGCUAUCGGUCCAACCGGACCGGACCAUCAUCGGCAAUCGUAUGUCCGGUUCAUUCCGGCGCAGGUCACUCUUCCACGCAACCAAUAAGAUCGAGAAACUCGGCGUCGUAUUCAUCUCCCGCCGACGAACCUUAGACACGACCGUCCAAGCCAGCUCGAGAGCAGAAGACCCGGCUCCUUUCGAGAUGUCCGUAGAGAACGCACUGAAGCUGCUGGGAGUUCAGGAUGGUGCCUCCUUCGAAGAUAUUCUCCGUGCAAAGAAAUCGAUUGUUGCUGGGAGUAAAGGUGACCCAGAAACCAUUAUCAAGGUGGAAGCUGCAUAUGAUAUGCUGCUGAUGCAGAGCUUGUCGCAGAGGAGAGCUGGAAAAGUUGUUGACAAAUCUAUUCGCUAUGCAGAUGUUAAAAAAUCUGUAAAUGCCUCAAGAAUGAAAUCAAUUCCUAAGUGGUUGCAGAAUGCUGUCAGGAACUCAACCGUUUCAUUUGAAACACCAUCUACCAGCGAGCUGGCUGUCCAAGCCGGGGUUUAUGGAGCCCUGUCAGUUCUAACAUACGCAAAUGGAGCCUCAUCUUCAUCUGAUGCAGCUUUUCCAGGAGGACCAGAUAUCCCUGGCCUGAUUUUGGCCACCAGUUUUGGAGCAACCUUGUAUUUCAUCACCAAGAAAAAUGUUACCUUGGGGUGGCCUGUUAGGUCCAGCCGUCCAGGUUGACCCGUGAUCCGGUCAAUCCCAGUUCGGUUUUUGUAACAUAGCGACAUAGGCAAAGCAAGUCUGGUAACAAUUGGUGGGCUGGUGGCAGGGGCAAUGGUGGGUUCUGCAGUUGAGAGUUGGUUGCAAGUAGAUAUUGUCCCAUUUCUUGGCAUACACAACCCUGCUACUCUCGUGGCCGAAUUCAUUCUUCUUUCACAAUUUUUGGUUUCUUUGUAUAUAAAAUAAUAAGUGGGUGGGGGAAACACACCAUUCCCCUGCUCAUUUGCAGCAAGUGUGAUUUUCCACUUAUGCAUAGAAGAGGAUUAGUUGUGUAUUUGCUUAAAAUGUAUAGCUCUGUUUGGUUGUAUUACUGCAAAGUGCAAAUGGCAACAACCAUCUUUCUACUAAUGCUGAUCUAGAGAAAGGUCAUGUAAUCACGCUCACAGAAAUUACAAGCUUGGC